AUGGCGGGGCAGCAGUUCCAGUACGAUGACAGCGGGAACACCUUCUUCUACUUCCUCACCUCCUUCGUAGGGCUUAUCGUGAUCCCGGCCACAUACUACCUCUGGCCCCGAGACCAGAAUGCUGAGCAAAUUCGGUUGAAGAAUAUCAGAAAGGUGUAUGGAAGAUGUUUAUGGUAUCGCUUAAGACUAUUAAAACCACAGCCAAAUAUUAUUCCUACAGUAAAGAAAAUUGUUCUGCUUGCAGGAUGGGCUUUAUUUUUAUUUCUUGCAUACAAAGUUUCCAAAACAGAUCGAGAAUAUCAAGAAUACAAUCCUUAUGAAGUAUUAAAUUUGGAUCCUGGGGCAACAGUAGCAGAAAUUAAGAAACAGUAUCGUUUGUUGUCUCUUAAAUAUCAUCCAGAUAAAGGAGGUGAUGAAGUUAUGUUCAUGAGGAUAGCAAAAGCUUAUGCAGCAUUAACUGAUGAAGAGUCCCGGAAAAAUUGGGAAGAAUUUGGAAAUCCAGAUGGGCCCCAAGCCACAAGCUUUGGAAUUGCUCUGCCAGCUUGGAUAGUUGACCAGAAAAAUUCAAUUUUGGUAUUACUUGUUUAUGGGUUGGCAUUUAUGGUUAUCCUUCCAGUUGUUGUGGGCUCUUGGUGGUAUCGCUCAAUACGUUACAGUGGAGACCAGAUUCUGAUACGUACAACGCAGAUUUAUACAUACUUUGUUUAUAAAACUCGGAAUAUGGAUAUGAAACGUCUCAUCAUGGUUUUGGCUGGAGCUUCUGAAUUUGAUCCUCAGUAUAAUAAAGAUGCCACAAGCAGACCAACGGAUAAUAUUCUAAUACCACAGCUAAUCAGAGAAAUUGGCAGCAUUAAUUUAAAGAAGAAUGAACCUCCACUCACCUGCCCAUACAGCUUGAAGGCCAGAGUUCUUUUACUGUCUCAUCUUGCUAGAAUGAAAAUUCCUGAAACACUUGAAGAAGAUCAGCAAUUUAUGCUGAAAAAGUGUCCAGCUCUGCUUCAAGAAAUGGUGAAUGUUAUCUGCCAACUAAUUAUAAUGGCUCGUAGUCGUGAAGAAAGGGAGUUUCGUGCUCCAAGUUUGGCAUCCCUAGAAAACUGCAUGAAGCUUUCUCAGAUGGCUGUCCAAGGCCUUCACCAGUUUAAGAAUCCCCUUCUGCAACUCCCUCACAUUGAAGAGGACAAUCUUAGACGGGUUUCUAAUCACAAAAAGUACAAAAUUAAAACGAUUCAGGAUUUGGUGAGUUUGAAAGAAUCAGAUCGUCACAGUCUACUGCACUUCCUUGAAGAUGAAAAAUAUGAAGAGGUUAUGGCUGUACUAGGAAGUUUUCCAUAUGUGACCAUGGACAUAAAAUCACAGGUAUUGGAUGACGAAGAUAGCAACAACAUCACUGUAGGAUCCCUAGUUACAGUGUUGGUUAAACUGACAAGGCAAACAAUGACAGAAGUGUUUGAAAAGGAGCAAUCCAUAUGUUCAGCAGAAGAACAGCCAGCAGAAGAAGGGAAUGAUGCUAACAAGAACAGGACAAAAGGAGGAUGGCAACAGAAAGGUAAAGGACCCAAGAAAACUGCCAAGUCAAAAAAAAAGAAGGUGGUAAAAAAAAAGCCUCCAUCCAUGCCAUUACCGCAGUCAAAGCAACAGAAACAAAAGCAGGCAAAUGGAGUUGUUGGGAGUGAACCUAUAGUAAAGGAAGAUGACGAAGUAUCUGAUAAAGGCAGUGACUCUGAAGAAGAUGAAACCAAUAGAGAUUCUCAAAGUGAAAAAGAUGAUGGGAGUGACAGAGACUCUGAUAGAGAGCAAGAUGAAAAGCAAAACAAAGAUGAUGAAGCAGAAUGGCAAGAAUUACAACAGAGUAUACAACGAAAGGAGAGAGCUCUGCUGGAAACCAAAUCAAAGAUAACACAUCCUGUUUACAGUCUUUAUUUUCCUGAGGAAAAGCAAGAAUGGUGGUGGCUUUAUAUUGCUGACAGGAAGGAACAGACCUUAAUAUCUAUGCCAUAUCAUGUGUGUACACUAAAAGAUACUGAAGAGGUAGAAUUAAAGUUCCCUGCACCAGGCAAACCUGGAAAUUAUCAGUAUACAGUGUUUCUGAGAUCAGACUCCUAUAUGGGUUUGGAUCAGAUUAAACCAUUGAAGUUGGAAGUUCAUGAGGCUAAGCCUGUGCCAGAAAAUCAUCCACAAUGGGACACAACAAUAGAAGGAGAUGAAGACCAGGAGGACAGUGAGGGCUUUGAAGAUAGCUUUGAAGAGGAGGAAGAAGAGGAGGAAGAUGAUGACUAA